AUGGCCGUGCCUGAGCCGUUCCCCCUUCUCAACACAUCUGCAGAUCAACUGCAUACGGAACUUAACGACAUGAACACUGCGCGCCGGAGACGGAAAUCCACCGGACUGGGAACUGAGAUACGGGCCGGCGAUACUGGCGCCCCUGGCCUGGCCGCCAGCUUUACCCAUCCGCAUGGAAAGGACACACACGCCGCCUCCAAUGGCGGUAAGCGCUUUUCUAAGAGGCGGAAGGCCCGCAGUCUCCUGCGGCGCGCGAAGCACUUCACCGCGCGACACCCCUGGGUCAUCCCGCUCGUGAUACUGGCGAUUUUCCUCUCACUUUACCUUACGAACCCGACCGAGUCCAAUCCUGUCCACCACUUCGUCUUCCUAAGCUACCCCAUACCCGCUUCCGAGACACCUGAUUCCACCGCGCUGCAGUACGGGAAGGGCCCGUGGGACAUUGCCUUCGUGACCUUCUACACUGUGGUUCUCUCCUUCACGCGCGAAUUCAUCAUGCAGGAGCUCCUGCGCCCGCUCGCCCGGUACGCGGGCCUCAAGUCGCGCAACAAGCAGGCCCGCUUCAUGGAGCAGAUGUACACGGCGCUGUACUUCGGCCUCCUGGGGCCGGCGGGCAUGUACGUCAUGAGCCGUACGCCGGUGUGGUACUUCAACACCGAGGGCAUGUACGUGGACUCUCCGCACAAGACCCACGAGGCGGUCGUCAAGUUCUACUACCUGUUCCAGGCCGCCUACUGGGCUCAGCAGGCGAUCGUGUUGCUCCUGGGUAUGGAGAAGCCGAGGAAGGACUUCAAGGAGUUGGUCGGCCAUCAUAUCGUCUCCUUGACCCUUAUUGCGCUCAGCUACCGGUUCCAUUUUACGUAUAUCGGCCUGGCCGUCUACGUAACGCAUGACAUUAGUGACUUUUUCUUGGCUACUUCUAAGACACUUAACUAUAUCGAUCACGCAUUGACUGGACCUUAUUUCUUCCUGUUCAUGUGUGUGUGGAUAUACAUGCGGCACUACCUCAACCUCCGCAUCAUCUUCAGUCUCUUCACCGAGUACAAGACGAUCGGACCGUACGAGCUGGACUGGGCGGGCGAGCAGUUCAAGAGCCCGUUGGCCAACGUCAUCACGCUAGGCCUACUAUCCGCCCUGCAGGCCCUGAACCUGUUCUGGCUCUUCUUCAUCGUCCGGAUCGCCUACCGCUUCGUCGUCCACCGCGUCGCUGAGGACGACAGGAGCGAGAACGAGGAGUCGGAGGCCGAGACUGAGCAGACCGAGGAGCAGAAGCCGCUCCUGAACGGCGAGGCCGCGAAGGCCCCCCUUCUGAACGGCGGCGCCGUCGCCGCCAAUGGAAAGGCGAGGCCUGGCAGGAACGGCUCAGCGGCUCAGAAAGGUGCGAGGUAA